UAUGAUAUAUUUCCAUCUUCACUCCCUCUCAAAUCCCUCUCCACCUUCAGCCCCUCCCAUCCUUCUCAAAAGACCCCCCCUCCUUCCUCUUCCAUUAUGUCCUUGGGCUUGUGACCCAUGCGUCUUUGAAGAAGAUGGCCUGCAACGGGAUGGCUUCCUCUUCCUUCUUUCCUCCUAACUUCAUGCUUCAGAUGCAAACACCCCAUGAAGAGGAGCACCUACCCCCCACCUCUUUCAACUCCAUCCUCCCUACCACCCCAUGCACCAACCUCCAAGACUUCAGAGGUGUGGGUCCGAUGCUGGGGAAGAGAUCCAUGCCCUACUCAGGGAUUGAGACCUGCGAGGAGAUGAAUGCUGAAGACGACUUAUCCGAUGACUGCUCGCAAGCAGGGGAGAAGAAGAGGAGGCUCAACUCGGAGCAGGUGAGGACCUUGGAGAAGAACUUUGAGCUGGGGAACAAGCUGGAGCCUGAGAGGAAAAUGCAGCUGGCCAGAGCCCUUGGUCUUCAGCCAAGGCAGGUAGCCAUAUGGUUCCAGAACAGGAGGGCCAGGUGGAAGACCAAGCAAUUGGAGAAAGACUAUGAUGUGCUCAAGAGGCAGUUCGAGGCCAUCAGGUCAGAGAAUGAUGCUCUACAAGCCCAGAACAAGAAACUCCAAGCUGAGAUCUUGGUUCUCAAGGGCAGGGAAACGUCAGAACUCAUCAACCUCAAUAAGGAAACUGAAGGUUCUUGCAGCAAUAGAAGCGAGAACAGCUCAGAGAUCAACUUGGAUAUCUCAAGAACAUCGGCCAUCGAGAGCCCCCUAAAUCCUCACCAAAGCAUACCCCUCUUCCCAUCAAUUAGGCCAGCAGACAUAGAUCAGCUGCUCCAAAGCUCUUCCAGACCAGAGCUCCAAUACCCUAAGAUCGAACAAGGCGUCCCUGAUGGAAGCCUUAGCAACUUGUUGUGCAGCAUGGAAGACCAAUCUUCAUUCUGGCCCUGGUCGGAUCACCACAGCUUCCACUGAUCCAUUUGAUUGAUUUCAUUGGUAACGCAUUGAGUGCAGCCCAUUCGACCGCCCUCCAUGCUCUACUUAGACUCGAUCGCGGGCUUUGAAUCCAAACAAAUGGUGUAUGAACAAGCGGGAUUUAGUAGAGGAAUAAAAAGUCUUUGUUUACUUGUAGGUUUUUCAAGUCACGGCACCUUUUCCUCCGUAUCGCUAAAGAUGUGAAAUAAUCUUAUGACAUCAAAACCAAGUUUACAUGGA